AUGGUACUACAGUCACCACGGCCAGGAGGCCUUAAAAGGACAAAAGCUCUUGACACGCGGAACAUUGUCUGUUUUGUGAGGGCAGACUCCCCCGCUGCACCCGCAGCCCCCGAAGGUCCCACCCCGGUUGAGCAGGACGGCCGCAUAGCACCUCAGGUGAUCUCUCGUACCGGUGGAAAUCCUGAUAUUCACCGUUUGCUUAACGAGUCACUCAGACUUCGUCGCCAUGCAAAACUCGACGUCAACAACGGGGCGGGUGACUGGAUGUUUGGGACACUCUUCCGCCACCAAGAGACCGGAGGCUGUUGGUGCGUUACCGAUGGUAUUCUAUAUGACGAGCAUAGCGCCGAGCAAGCCUUGACUGAGUAUGAGUUCAAGGGGAACAUUGAUCCGCAGCCUUGGUUUGUGCGCAAGAGGAAGGAAGUUGCGUACGAGGAUCCGGGGACCCCGUCUGUACAUGAAAGCUACUACCACACGGGCGAUGAGGAUGACUCCUCUUCCGAUACUUCCAGCACUUCCACUAUCAGGGGGCGUUCGAAGGACGAGGAUGAAGAUGAGGAUGAGAAUGAAGGAGAGGAUAAUGAGGAGCAAACUGCCGCGGCCAGGCAGACUUUGGCUAAGCAUCUCCAUGAGAGGGCAGUUGAGUCGGGGUUUGCAACCACCGCGCCAGUGGGAAACAUGAGUUCGACUUUCGCGUCUCACGCGCGGCCCCUGGACGACAAAGGUUUCCAGCGUGUUAUGAGGGUGAAUGACCCCAACAAUGAAGAUGAUGAGUCAUUCACAGCGAUCAUCCGCCCCGCGGAGUCCAUCUACGCCUUGGACCCCGAAACAUUGAGGCACGUCGAUGCCGUUCUUCCCGCGUCCAAUAAGGAACUGGCUGACUACUUGGUGCCGUUUGAGAAGGCGAAGUCCCUUUUCGUAGAUGCGGAAGUGGUAACCUCGGCGGAGUUUGACAGUUUGAAGGAGGAUUACCGAGAAGAAGCCCUUUACCUUUACUCGCAUUGA